CGUCGUAAGGGGAGCAUGCGCGUGUUUGCUGCGCCCUCUGUAACCAGUGACUCUCUGGGCACUUGUCUGAUGUGUAAAUGAACAACAUGCAAUAGCACGAGUUGUUUUGGAACGAACACGAUUUGAGAUUAGUUGUUAAUGAUCCCAGUGACAAAGAAACAAACAUUACAGCAGCAUUAAACAAAUAUUGUGUUAAUUAUAUUUUAAUGCGAAAAUCAGACGAGCUCUGACACAUUGUAGCUGCUCUCUCGUGACUCUCACGUUAAAGUUCGCAAUUUUUUCGGGCAAGUUUUUUAUCGGAAACUGGCUUGACUUUCGUGUGGGCUAUCAUUAUCAAAUCUGAUCUAUUAAUAUAUUAAAUCUCAUCUACACCGGAUUUAUCGCCCUGAAGAUGAUUACAGCGAGUCUUCUAGUUCUGCUUGUUGCGGCUGUGACGAGCUUGCCGACCAGUCCAGAUCAGCGGGGCGAUGCUGUCGUCGAAGAUCUCCCUCAGUUCACCAUCAAAAGUCAGAGACUGCAAGUGGCUGAGGGCAAGGACGUCAGAAUACCUUGUUCAGUCGACAGAAAGUACGACAAGCCGAUGAUCAUCAAGAAGGAGAAGAACGAUUACAACGAUGACAAGUUGAUGUUCGUUGGUGGAGUUAAGCUGGUCGACGACCGCUACAAGAUGGAAGACGGCGAAAUGGUCAUUUCGGGCGUACGGCGAGCCGAUGCCGGGGCUUACCUAUGCUAUUACCAAGACAAGGAGGAUCUUAAACUUCGGCAUUUCGUGGAGGUACAGUAUCCUCCAACGGUACAUUCCAUCACACCUCUCGUCCAAAGGGUUUCGAAAGGCUCCAGCGUUACACUGGAAUGUACAGCCGAGGGCAACCCCAUGCCCAAGAUUCGUUGGUCUCGAGAGGGGGGCGUUAUGCCCUCGGGAGAAGAGAGUGAAGAAGGCCUGAGCAUGACUCUGGAGGGAGUUGACCGACACGUGGAGGGAAGGUAUUCCUGUACUGCUGACAACGGCGUUGGUGAACCAGUCUCGGUUAUGAUGGAAGUCGCUGUCGAGUAUCCACCGGAAAUAUUCACGGAAAAGGAGAUCGUGCGCACCGGUGAAAACGACCGAGUCGAGCUGGUAUGCAUUGUCCACGCCCGUCCAUCGGCUGAGGUGGUGUGGACAAAGGACGGUGCAAAAGUUCCUCACGAGAACAGAGCUGAAGAACAUCUCGGUGGACAUCGUCACCUCCUGACUCUCGAUCCCGUCACCAAAGAAGACUUCGGCCUCUACCAGUGCAGGGCCAAGAACCCACUGGGAGAGUCCACGAAAGACAUCGCCGUCACAGACGAGCCCAACACACCGAACUUCACAAGUAACCCCAACAGCGCCUACGAGAAUUCCUACACAAUCACUUGGGACACAGAGAGCUACUACCCCAUCACCCAGUACAGAAUAAUGUACAGAAAAUCACAGGCGGAUGAUUCUCAGGACAUGAUGGCAGCCGAGUGGACUGACCUGACUCAGGCCCCCGAGUCUGUCGAGACUCGUGGCAUUCGACACAGUCUCCAGCACACCAUCACUGACUUGCAGCCUGCCACGGACUACGAGGCCGCCGUGCAGGUCAAGAACAAGUACCAAUGGGGAUCUAUGGCCAAGUUCAACUUCUCUACCAGAAAAGAGGUGAUGAGCUUGCAGACGAAAGCCUCGUCAGCCUGUGGAGUUGCGACGUCCCUAGCGAUGCUGCUGGCGACUCUUGCCCUGCACUGCAGCGUUUGAUGAACCACCUAAGACUCUUCUUUUUAAAAAUUUGUCGCCUUAAUUCAGUGAAUACGCGAGAUGUAGUUCUGAGUCUGCGAGGUUCAUCUGUUUUCACAUUUUGGAAUUUCCGUAGAUUUCUUUAACAUUCCGAAUUGCCCGAGUUGCCUGCACUGUGAUUUGUGUGUUAUUGUUCUCUGAAAAUCUUCUUACGGCCAGCCAAGCGCACUGAGCUGUCACGCGCAACUGCGCUAUUUCGAUACCCGGACAAUUGAUUUGACCUACAAUGAUACUGGUUGUCAGUAUUAAAUAUUAAAAUAAAAUUAUCUCAGAGUCAUUGUAUUUUUGCCGAAUCUUCGUCUAAUUAAUGUCUAGGUUAGAAUAAUAGUCUUCUAAUUUAACCAUCAUGGAUUCGAAUCGGCACACAAAUCUCUGUCUUAAUUUGUAGGUAAGCAUGACAAUCUCAAAAGGUUUGUCACGUUCAGCAUAAAUUUAUUGCUGUCUAUAUUCACUUCCUGAUGGAGUGAAUUGAUAGAAUUUACGAUACUUCAUACGAUAACCAUUGUUUUUGGGAAUGAGAUUUUCUAAACAGUUCGGUAAAUAUAUCACUUACAAAUAAUUAAUCAUUUAAAGCAAGAGUUAACACGCAUUUAUAAAUACGUUUGCAAUGAUUUGCUUGUGCGUUUUAACCCUGAAUGAAAUUUUGGAGCCCGAUGCACUUUGUAAUAUAACUAAAAAAUUGUGAAUUGAUGAAUUGCUGUGCUGCAUUGGUAUUUAAAUGUUCCCACUCUUUCACUUGUUGUGUUCUCGGUGUUUAUUCUAAAACUCAUCUUCCGUGUGCAAUACUUCAGUAUUCUUAGGUGUUAUUAAAGACAGUGACGCAAAUAUGAUGUGUAUUCAUCUUAUGUGACUUACACAAGGAUAAAGGUGUAUUUUCAAUAUUAUUUAUUAAGAAGAGCGUCUUAUAAUUUGAAUCUUAAUAUUAUUAAAGCAAAUAAAUAUUUGUCUCGUGCUAGCAUUGUUUAUGGACGAACUGCUGCAACUUGUCGCAACUUUUCUUCACAUUUUUUUCAAUACCGCUUAUGUACUUAAAAAAAUAAUAGCUUUGAAAAAAAAUAAAUGCAAUUUCAAAUCGUUUAGUUUGAAACUAUUGCUAAUUAACAUUUUUGCGACAAACCUUGAGCCGAACAUAAAUGUCCAAGAUGUUUUAAUGAAGUUUUUCAAUGCUAGAAACGUAGAAAAAAUGUUUUUCUUCAAAAUUUAAGGCUAUAAUUUAAUUUCAAUUUAAUAAAGACCACAGGAAUAAUAUCAACAAACAAUUCAGAAACUGCAGUAAUUUUUAAUUAUAUGUCUUAAUUUUGUGAAAUUUUAGCAAUUGAUUUGUACAUUCACUGCGAAGCAUCUAUUCUCUGUAAUGAAAAUGCAUUUUGAGAAGCAAAAUUUACAGUCGCCGGCACGUUUCUCAACGAAUUUAUACACCCUAUAAACUGACGAUUAAACACUACAUUUAUGUACUAUUUUUUAAUAACUCAUCACCUCUCAAUCAAAUAUUUUAUACGCACUUGCUUUUAGGUACAACGCCAUGCAAAUCCUCUAAGUUUGAAACAAACAUCCUUGAGCCCGACAGAUGCAUUUAGCACCAACGAGCUUCGUCAUAUAUAGUAUUGUUUUUGUUCGCUAAAAAAAUUCGAUGCAAAAUGAACUCUGAAGCUUGAGUGACAGUUUCGUUUUUUAUUGCACCUUGAUUUAUUUAUCAAACACUACGGGCUCUUUGUCCUCUGGCACUUUGGGAGUAAUUAGCUUAAUUGGCUUACAAUCCACAUAAUUGGAAUCCUGCUUUACAAGUUUUGUGAUUUAUUAUUUUUUAAUUUAAAUCCGGUCUAUAAAAUUCCGCAUUACGUGAAUGAAGAUUCAAUGUGUGCUAUGUGUCUACAACUAUAUUAGUAAAUUUAGUUUCAAACGUUGCAUAUAAUAAGGCAUAACUGCUCUUAUUCGCUAAUAUUUACUAGUCAUUGAUUUCUAUUAGUUUGAUUCCAAUGUUCCUCGAAAUCAAUAAAAUAAUGAUUCACUUUUAAAUUAUAUUACAAAAGUUGUGGUACUUUGUUUCUCGUACUUGCUUAAAAUACCCGGUUAAUUGGUUGCAAACACUGAGGCAAAUGCCUGGGUCAUAUUAUAUUAAUACUGACACACUUUUCUCUCUUAGCACUGAUACAGUUUUUUGCCGCGCUAAACUGUGUCUGGAUGACCUACUAUAUAAGGGGACGAAGAUUGCUUCGUUACUUCGACCAGAAGUCACUAAUUUCUUUGGGUGUAAAUUGAAUAUAUAACAUACCUCUGAUAAACAUAACAUUUCUCAUAUGUUUGAAGAUGUCAUAGUCAACUGCAUGUGUAAAUUCUAUAAUCAAAACGAAAAUUUAAUCAAUAUAACUUUGUAAAAACAAGUUACUGGAGUAGCACGAUUGUAAAAUAAUAAAGUGUAACAGCCCAUUAGCAAUAGUACCCGUGACCCCUUACAUGUUGCUGCAAUGUAGACCAAUUCCAGUCUCCUCAUUCAGCUACGGCAAAGCUGAAUUUAACGAUAAUUAUUUCGAAAUCAGUCAUGAAUUUUUAUACGAACCGUUAAACUAGCCUGUAAUUUUGACCAGGGAUUGCGCACAUGUCUGCGGCCGCGCCGAUGUAGAGUGAUACUUGUCAGCGAUAUCUUUUAUCUUAGUCACGAGACAAGUUGUGUUUAAAGACGCCUGAAAGUGGCAGGGAAUUCACUUAAAUACUUAUUUGUGAGUCGUUAUUUUCAUUAGUUUCUUCUAAACCGACUAUUAAUUGAGUGGUAAAUGUCUGGGAAGUUUAUUUUUUGCAUCUCUUGCGCUUUUUAAGAGUAUUUUCUUGUGAUUAUGAAACAAUUCAUGUUUUUUUUCUGUCCAUUUUAUUAACACAGACGAAUUUAUUGUAGCUCUGGUUUUGUAGCUAAUUACGACAGCCAGACUUCCCAAAAGUUUCAACUGAUCAAUAUUGUCGGAAUGAUUUUUGCCAGUGGAGAGUUCGGACAAUUUUUAUUGUACUAAAGCUUACAAAAUUUUAGUGCACAUCUUAGCCCGACCUAAACUAGUAUAAUAGUUAUCCUAGAGGCGAUAGAAUCUCCUCCUUUGAGAAGACGUCAGGAUUUGUAAAAAGGAUGUGCUUAGCGUACUCCCUACGAUAAGUUUAAGGUUUUCUAUGAUUAGCUUAAAAUAAAAAUCAUGAUUUCACUUCUGCCUAUAAAUGCGGAGAUCUGGAUCCCUAUAUAUAUAUUUUCUCUACGGUUACUGGUGUAUGAGUAGAAUUUGUGAUGGAGGAAGUUCCUCCUGCAAACAUUGUAUUGUCACUUAGUUUUUUAAGACUCUUGUAAAUACAAGUGAUUCUGAUGAACGUUUUUCCAAUAAGAUUCACGAGUAGAUUUUUUCGCUUUAAUUCUUUUUCUAAAAAGUUUAAUGGCUUUGAUCUAUUACAAGUGCGUCCACGAAUAAAAUAUUUCAUCAUAGAUUCGCUCUCAUAAAAUUCGAAAGCAAAUACUUGAGUUAACUAAAAUGUGAAGCUAAUACUGAAAAGAUCAUAAAUGUCAUGAAAAUUUUUCCAUUCCACAGAAAAAAAUUGUCUUUAAGGUAAUUGCAUUUCUUAAUCUUUAAACGUCAGAUGUUCUAUCAUCAACUCAAUUACAUUGUUCUCAGUAGAAAAUAUUAUGAACAUCAUUAGCAUUUGUUUUCUAAUUAGCUGAAUCCUGAGUUGAAUAUACAAUUGUUUUCUUCAAUUUACGUAGGCAAGAUGAGUUUAAAAUGCACCCGAGUGGAUUAAAAGUAUGAGCCUAAUUACGUAUGGGGUAAUGUCUACAUUCCAGCUGAUCUAAAAAGUUUCAAAAAAAAAAUGUUCUAUGAUCAUUUCGGAUUGAUAAUAAAGAGAUUAUUUAAAAUGCGAUCUAGGUCCGCAUUUUUUAAGCUGAAAAAAAUAAUAAGUCAUGACAAUAACAUCAAAGAAACAUAUCGUAAGUGCUCGUUUUAGCGCAUAUAAUAAUUUCAAAAUCAGGACCCGAGUAUUUUCAGUAAUUUUUAAUUGGGAAUUACUGAUCAAUAUUCCGAACAGCAUUUGUAAUUUGUUAUAGUGGACUAACUUGCGGAAUGUUUCAGAAAAAGAAAAUAAUUUUUUUAUAUUCCAUCAAAGUCAUAAUAUUUAUGCAUGACUUAAUGCAUCGUUUAGGAAUCUAAAUGCCUUGUAUUGAGACUUUGCUUCAUAAACCGCGCAUUUCGUUCUGCGAUUCAAGCUCGAGGUAGAAAUUUGUAAAUGGCGUCAUCCUAGUUUUUAAUAAUAAAGUGUGUAAUUAGUCA